CAAUGUUCGAGACGACGAGUUUAUUUCGCGAUUAGCAUAUCACGACAAUGGCGGCGAAAACGAUGGCUAAGAGUGUGUCUACGAAGCGGAAGCGCGAGGGGGGUCUGUCAGCGAGGAAAAUUCGUGUUUUAGAGGAGGAGGAGGCGACGAAGGAGGUUGAUGAGGAGAGGUCAAGCGUUGAGGAUGAGGAUGAGGAUGAGGAUAUGGAAGACGGCGAGGAAGAGGAAGAGCCUGAUGCGGCGGAGAUAUUUAGGCGGCAUUUUGAGGCGCGGUUUAAGCCUUUACCUGAUGUGAAGGAGAAGAAGGGUGGGAAGAAGGGUGCGAUUGUGGUGGAAGAGGAUGAGGACGAAGAUGAGGAAUGGGGCGGGCUUUCUGGGGAGAGCGAGGAUGACGAUGAAGAGGAAGACAGCGAUGGAGAUGAUGGCGUGAAGAGGCGGAAAAUUGACGUUGUCGAACAUACCUCGGCGGUGUCAGCGCCGAAGAUGUCCAAGGCGGAGUUGAAGGCUUUUAUGUCCGCCCGCCCUCCCUCUUCAGCAACGACCACCACCGCCCUCACAACACCCACCCCCACCGACCCCACCGACAAAGACAACACCGCCAACGACCUAGCCCUGCACCGCCUCCUCACCGAAUCCCACCUCCUCACCUCCUCCACCGCCUCCUCCUCUUCCCACCAAACACACACCCUCGAAGGCACAAACCGGCACCGCGCCACGGACCUGCGCAUCCAAGCCCUCGGCGGCAAGGGGUCGUUAUUCGUACAAGCGAAGAUGCCAAUGCAUAUGCGUAAAGGGAUAGCAGCCAAGGCAGAGGAGCGGGAGAAGGGACGCAGGGAGGGAGCGAGAGAGGGGGGCAUUAUUUUGGAGAGGAUGGGGGGGAAGAGUAAGGAGAGGGAUCGGAGGAAGGGGGGGGAGAAGGGGUUGGGGAGGGGGGAUGUGGGGGCGCCGGGGGUGGGGAGGUUUGUGGGGGGGGCGUUGAAAAUUAGUAAGAAGGAGGUUAGGGAGAUUGAGGGACCGAAGAGGGGAGGGGGGAAGGGUGGGAGGGGGGGGAGAGGCGGGAGGGGUGGGAGGGGGAAGGGGAGGGGUAGGGGGAAGUGA